AUGCAACGGAAGAGCUGGUCGCUUGCCGAUUACAAUAUUAUUCGAAAGAUGUACACCGGUUAUGCGUCCACCGUGUACCAGGUGCGCUUAGCCAAGUCUCUGGAGGUGGUCGCACUCAAGGUGUACCACAUGCAGAACCUGUGUGAGUUGAACCACUACCAGGUCUUCCGGGAGAUCCGGGUCCACAGCAGCCUGCAGCACCAGAAUAUCAUCCACUUGUAUGCGGCAUUCCAGGAGGCCACCGAUGUGGUGUUAGUCCAGGAGUACGCGGAGGGUGGGGACCUGUACCGGCUGCUCCACAAGAACGGCGGCCGCCUUUCGGAACGCCAGGCGGUGGAGAUGGUGCUGCACCCCUUCCUGCUCGCCCUGCACUACCUGCACACGCGGGGCAUUAUGCACAGGGACAUCAAACCGGAGAACGUCCUCUUCACGGAGCACCGGGUGCUGAAACUGGCGGACUUUGGACUGGCCAUUGACCUGAACGAGGAGCGGGCGGUCACACGUGCAGGGACACUCGACUACAUGGCGCCGGAGGUGCUUCGGUGUCCACCCAAGAACCUGCCGCAGGAGAAUAAGAACAACCCCUACCUCCACUACAACAACUCGGUGGACGCGUGGGCCGUCGGCGUGUUUGCGUACGAGCUCAUUGUAGGCUUCCCGCCGUUUGCGGGCGAAACUCAACUGGAUAGCGUAGACCGCAUCAUGCAUUCCGUACCCGAAUUCCCCGCCAAGAUCUCGGAGUUUGCGAAGGACUUCAUCUGCCAGUGUCUGCGCAAGCACCCGGGCGACCGGCCCACUGUCAUGGAGCUUCUGCACCACCCCUGGGUGCGGACCUAUCAGGUAGGGAAGGAGGAGAGCAAAACACACACACACAUACACACACACACACACUCUCACACACACACACACACACAGACGACCCAGAUGCGAUCGGUUGUCGGGUCGGGAAGCAACAGGCGGGUUAGGUGGAAAGGAUAA